AUGAUUAUCCCAAUUAGAUGCUUUACAUGUGGAAAGGAGAUAUCCAGCAAGUGGGAAUCAUACAAAGAUCUUCUCAAGAUGGAUAAAACAGAAGCAGAGGCAUUGGACGAGCUUGAGAUGAAACGAAUAUGCUGCAGAAGAAUGUUUCUUGGACAUGUAGAAAUUGUAGACAAGCUACUUGAAUUCGAUGUCAUAAAAGACUUUUCAUCAAAGGUAUAA